AGAAACAAUAACAAACGAAUAAGACAAAAGUAGAAAACUCUUCCCUUCCCUUCGUCUCACCUCUUCGCUUCUCGCUACGUACACGAAUUCCAUCAAAUUCACGUAAACGUAGUCUUUACUCUUAACCAUCCCGUCUUUUUAUUUUUCUUCUUUUUAUUUAUUUUUAUUGAAUUUCAAUCCCUAAACAUGGACGAGAUGGCUGCGACGUCGACGACUGAGUCCUUGAUCCAAAGCGACGCUUCAUUGAUAUCGUCGUCGUCAAUCUUCACCAACUACCCUUUCAUAUCUGCGCUUGUUGCCUUCUUAAUUGCCCAAUCUACCAAGUUCUUCACCUCCUGAUGAUGGUGCAGUCUUUUAUACAGCUGAUGGAAAUUCUAAUUUUGUUGACUUCUUUCAUUCACAAGUAUUACAGACUGAGAUGAAAAACCAGAUUUGCAGGUAUAAGGAAAAACGAUGGGAUCUCAAGCAACUUGUUGGAUCUGGUGGAAUGCCAUCUUCCCAUUCUGCGACUGUCACUGCUCUUGCUUUUGCCGUGGGGCUGCAAGAAGGCUUUGGAGGAUCACUCUUUGCAAUUGCAUUGGUCUUUGCUUGUGUUGUGAUGUAUGAUGCAACUGGGGUGCGGUUGCAUGCUGGUCGCCAAGCAGAGGUUUUGAAUCAAAUUGUGUAUGAACUUCCGGCUGAACAUCCUCUGGCUGAGAGCAGACCGUUACUUGAACUUCUUGGACACACCCCUCCACAGGUUGUUGCUGGUGCCUUGGUCGGAAUUGCCACAGCAGCAGUUGGGAAUUUGAUCACAUAGCUAACUAGUCAGAGCUGAUGUUCACAUAGAUCAUAGAUAUUGUCUUAUUGGCAUCACCAACAAGUGAAUUCCAGAAGGGUACAUGACAUAAUUACAUCUCACAUAUUGAUAUCAGAAGUCUUUGCUUCUUGUUGUCUAUAGCGUAAUACCUUAUUCCAUUGAACUGCAUUCAGAAUGUAAUUUGAUCGAUUGCAUUGUUCGUAUUAAAUACCUUCAAUGCAUUGGUUACCAUCCUUGGUGCGAUUAGAUAUACCAUUUCUGCUAUUAGGUGCUA